GCAGCUGAUAACAGAGGGAGAGAGGGAGAGAAAAGGGGGAGGAGAAUGAUCUUUAGGCUUCUCUUGGUAUGCUCAAAUGAAUGCAGUAGAUGGAGAGAUGGCAAUCAAGGAGGAAGGAGGCUGUGGUGUUGAGGGAAACGGAAGGCACUGCAGUAUGUUCUGACUCACUCUGAGGCUGUAGACCGAGCCAGAAUGCUCAGGCUGGAAUAUUGAAUCUAUGCAGCCCUGUAAACCUCCUCUCACGCGCUCGUCCGGUCCCUCUGUCGCAUGCAGCGCCACAUCCUUAAACAGUCCGCGAGAACACAAAGCCUGGGGAGUGCACGUGGCUCCUUUUCUCUGUCCUUUCAUGUGCUUACACACUUGCUUAAUCUCAUUCGCGCUUUAAAUAAACACAACAGGAAUCAGUCCCUUUGGUGUCUGUUCCUAUUCAUACACGUUCUUCUUAUUCAUGAGGAUGUUUCUAUUGAAUAUGCAUGUGUUUUUUUUUUUUAUCUUUUCUUGUAACAACAGUCUUGCUUUGGAGCUGUUGCUUUAUUGUCUGCCUCAUGUGUAACAGGUCCAUGUUGGGUGUAUGUGUGUGUGUGUGUGUGUGUGUGUGCGUGUGUGUGUGCGCUAGCACCCUGGGGAUUAUGAGGCAGUUAUUGGUGGUGUGUGUAUGUGUGUGCGUACGCGUGUGGACGAUCUGCCCCCCAGGAUCAUGCUGACUGGCUGCCUCACACUGCCAUAGAAACGGUAUUCAGGAGCGCAGGCUCAUUCAGUCUAGGCACUGGCGAGGGUGAGCAUCGCGAGGAACUUGGGAUAGAAAGAGACAGACAGAGGGAAAGAGUCAGAAAGAGAGACAGAGGAGGUGUGAAAAGUGUGAACGGAGAAAAGGCAAGCGCGGACGUCACUGUUGGCAUCCCCGUUGGCAUCCUAGUGACGUGCAGUUUGGCAUUGCUGCUACUGGUGGCAUUAGCUUCCUGGAAACUGUGCUGGAUACCUUGGCGCAACAAGGCCGUGACGUCCUCCAGUUCCGUCGCCCUAACCACGGACAGCUACCCGUCCCUUCAGCCGCUGUCGCGUGUGCCCAGUCCCCAGCAGCCCUUGGUUGGCAUGGCCAUGGAGAAAGUUAAGGAGUCGCUGACACCCAUGGGCUUCCUGGAGGCAGCCAUGAAGAUCAGCCACACGUCACCGGACAUUCCAGCAGAGGUACAGCUCUCCAUGAAGGACCACUUUCUGCGGCGCACACAGCGCAUGCAGAGACAGACCACAGAACCAGCCUCAUCUACCAGGCACAGCUCCUUCAAACGUCACCUGCCCCGUCAGAUGCAGGUGGGAAGUCUGGAUCUGGGAGACGACUAUGUGGACAUGGACGAGCAGCCCACAAGCAUCGGCCGUAUCAAUCCAGAGCUCUACAAGCAGAGUAUGCUCGAGAGCGAAGAGUCUGCCAAGAAAGAUGGUGCCAAGACCUGUGGUAAGAUCAACUUCUCACUGCGCUAUGACUACGAAAAUGAGACCCUGCUGGUCCACAUCCUCAAAGCCUUUGACCUGCCGGCUAAAGACCUCUGCGGCAGUUCAGACCCCUAUGUGAAGGUCUACCUGCUGCCUGACCGUAAGAAGUUCCAGACACGCGUCCACCGCAAGACACUCAACCCUACAUUCGAUGAAAUAUUCCAUUUCCCAGUGCCCUAUGAUGAGCUGCAAGCCAGGAAGCUCCACCUCAGCGUGUUCGACUUUGACCGCUUCUCCCGGCACGACAUGAUCGGUGAAGUCGAAGUGGACAACCUGUUUGAGGUGUCCGAUCUCUCCCGGGAGACUUCCAUCUGGAAGGACAUCCAGUACUCCACCACUGAGAGCGUGGACCUUGGGGAGAUCAUGUUCUCGCUGUGCUACCUGCCUACAGCUGGAAGACUUACACUCACUGUUAUCAAGUGCAGGAACCUCAAGGCCAUGGACAUCACAGGAUAUUCAGAUCCCUACGUCAAAGUGUCUCUCAUUUGUGAUGGGAAGCGGUUGAAAAAGAAGAAGACCACCAUCAAAAAGAACACACUCAACCCCACCUACAAUGAAGCCAUCAUUUUCGACAUCCCCCCAGAGAACAUGGACCAAGUCAGCUUGCACAUCUCCGUCAUGGACUACGACCUGGUGGGUCAUAACGAGAUCAUUGGCGUGAACCGUGUUGGGUGCGGAGCCGAGGGCCUCGGCAGGGACCACUGGAAUGAGAUGCUUGCAUACCCGCGCAAACCCAUUGCACACUGGCACCCCUUGCUGGAGUCUAAGAAAUCAGAAAAAGAGUGGAAAACCAGGACGGCUAGUUUUGACAGUCAGGGCUCGUGCCCUUCCCCCAAAGCACCCGCCAGCCCUUGAAUAGAACCACAUGUGACCCAGAAGGCCUGGCUCCCUUUCCUGCUGUCUGUCUGUGUGUCCGAGGAAAGAAAAAUACAAAAAG